AUCUAAAUCUUAUCGCUGCAUCAUUCGAUCUGUACCAUUCGCUAAGAUGUGGGCGCUCGCACUGCUCCUGCCGUCAGCGCUGGCCCUUACAAGAAUAGAUCCGUUGGUCGAAAUUCAAAAUGGGUUAAUAAGAGGUCUAAGAUCCAAUGAUGGACAGUAUUCGAUGUUCCUUGGCAUUCCGUACGGCGUAGUCGAUGCCGAAAAUCCUUUUGGGCCUUCCGUCCCUCACCCAGGCUUCGAGGACACAUUUGAUGCGUUCGUUGAUUCUUCAAUAUGCCCUCAAUACUUCGGCGGUACCGUACGAGGAUCCCUCGACUGCCUCAAUCUAAACAUCUACGUCCCCAACACUGCCACAUCCAGAAACCGCCUUCCAGUCAUGGUAUGGAUCCACGGAGGUGGUUUCGUUCAAGGUGGAGGGAACAGAGAGCUUUACUCUCCGGAAUUCUUGAUAAAACAUGACGUCAUCAUCGUUUCUAUUAACUACAGACUCGGACCUUACGGGUUUCUAUGCGUAGAGUCUGAGGAUGUCGGUGGUAACCAAGGGUUAAAGGACCAACUUCUAGCCCUAAGAUGGAUUAGAGAGAACAUACAAGCUUUCGGUGGGGAUGUGAAUAAGAUCACAGUUUUUGGAAUCGAUUCGGGAGCGGAAUCGAUUAAUUUACAUCUAGCAUCGCCUCAUGAGAAGUUAUUUGAUCAGGCGAUACUGCAGAGUGCUUCGGAAGUAAAAAUUGGAGGGCCAGAUAAUUCUGUUCCGAUAGCUGCCGCAGAAAGGCUCGGGUAUGAAACAGAAGAUUUAGAAGACGCUCUGAACUUCCUUUCAAGUCAAGACAACCAUUUGGUUAUAGCGGCUUUCGCUGACUUACGCUUGAAUGUCGGCCCCUGCGCCGAACCCGACUUCGACGAUAAGUUCAUAGAUUCGGAAGCCAGCUCCACAAAAAUUCGUAAUAUUCCCAUCAUAAUUGGGUAUACGAAUGACGAGGCGCUGUUCAAAUACGCGAAAGCGAGUCCAGAUGUAUUCGUAAACUUUUCUUUCGAAGAUAAAAUUGGUUCGGAAGUCAAUUCCGAUAUUGUUGAUUAUGUCAGACAUUUCUACAUCGGAGAUGAAGAUCUAAAUGAAGAUAUGAGACACCAGAUCAUUAACUUUGAGUCCGAUUUCAAAUACUACCAUCCAACAGAAAGGCUGAUAAAGAAAUAUACAGAUGAAGGGGCGAAGGCGAUUUUCUACUACGUAUUUUCGUAUGUGGGCGAACGAAACCUGAUGAAGGUAGCAGCUAACAUCACUGAAGGUGGGGCGACCCAUUUUGAUGAUCUGGGGUAUCUGUUCAGCUCGAACGUGCUUGGAAAACCCUCAGAAGAUGACCAGGUUGUAGUGGAUCGGCUGACAAGUUUGUGGACUAACUUCGCUAAGUUUGGUGAGCCAACACCGGAAGAAAACGACCUCCUGCCGAUAAAAUGGUCACCAGUAACAUCAACAAAGCAAUGGUACUUACAAAUAGAUUCGGAUCUUUGGCUAGACAGUCGACCAUUCCACGACAGAAUGGCUUUCUGGGACCUAUUCUACAAACUACAAGAGAAUUCUAGAAAGUGAAGUUAUUUAUAUUAGAAAUUAAUGUUAUAAUUUAUAUAUGUAGAUAUUGUACUUAAUUAAAUUAUUUGAUGCGUUA